AUGCUCCACUCACGCCACUUCCUUACCCUCCGAACUCGCAACCCUAUACAAAGACUCACCUUCACAACAACCACACUCUUCAAGAUGCGCGUCCCCUAUGCUCCCACCACACCUCCAGACGCCGCUGCAGAACCAAUCUAUUCGCGUAUCGCUGCCCGCCGCGCACCAAGACCUUUGAUCCCACUCGAUCUCGCACUCCUACACAACCCGGCGGUUGCCGACGGCUGGAACUCCUUCAUCGGCGCUAUUCGCACGCAAACCAGCGUCCCAGAAACCCUCAAAGAACUCGCAAUUUCCAGGAUCGCGGUGCUCAACAAAGCAGUGCAUGAAUGGGAUAUCCAUGCUGCGUUAGCUGUAAAGGCAGGAGUGGAACGAGAUGGCAUGAAAACUGUCUUCGACACUAAACUUCACAAGAAGGGAGAUGAGGUAGGAAAGGAGGAGGGAGGAGGAUUGACAGGGGAACAGUGGGCUGUGUUGAGAUAUACAGAUCAGAUGACAGUAGGAGUGGAGGUUGACGAUGGCAUUGCGGAGGCGUUGAAGGCGUUUCUGAGCGAUAAACAGGUUGUGGAACUGACGGCUACUAUUGCGGCGUAUAAUUGCGUGUCGAGGUUCUUGGUUGCGCUAGAUGUAGGGGAGUGUAAUGGGAGAGCGAUGAAGGGCGUUGAUGAAUUGUAG